AUGGCUGCCAGCUCUUCGAAUGAAAAGGAGCUCAAGCCAGUAGAUCCCCAGGCUGCAGUCAACACAACAAAUGACUCGGAGCCGGCAUCGCCAAUUUCGCCAGUAGAGGACCCGGAGGAGGAGAUCAGGCGCAAGGAGGAGCCAGAAGAGAAGCGCGCUGAGCGGGAAGAGAUCCGGCGCACACAGAGCCAUGCAACAGACGCCAGCGUCUUGACGCGCACUACCACGGGGACGUCCGUUCCCCCAAAGUCGAAACCAUGGUACAAGCAACCCAAUCCGAUGAGAUGGGGUCGCACGCCGCCGGUACCAAAGGAGCGCGGCGAGUCAACAGAGUAUAAGGCUGGUUUCUUCAACAAGUUGACCUUUCACUGGAUGGGUCCACUCAUGAACACCGGAUACAAGAGGCAACUGGAGAUGAAUGAUCUGUGGCUUGUCAAUCCAGACAGAUCCGCAGACAAGAUGACGGCCAAGCUGAGAGAGGCAUUUGAGAAGCGGAGAAAGGCAGGCGAUCGGUACCCCUUACUGUGGGCGCUGCACGAAACCUUCUUCUUCGAGUUCUGGCUGGGAGGUUUCUGCCAGCUGUGUGCCUCUAUACUUCAAGUGAUGUCCCCGUUCACACUGCGGUACCUGAUCCAGUUCGCCCAGGAUGCGUGGAACGCCUCGCAACGCGGAGAACCCACGCCGCAUAUCGGGGCGGGGAUGGGUCUGGUGAUCGGAGUGACUAUAAUGCAGGUUCUCCAGUCGUUGGGUAUGAAUCACUUCAUCUACCAUGGUAUGAUGAUCGGUGGUCAAGUCCGAGCCGUUCUGAUCAGCGUGGUCUUCGAGAAGUCAAUGGUCAUCUCAGGACGUGCAAGAGCUGGAACAGAGAAGCAGAAGAGUGAAUCUGAAGGCGAGGUAUUGGGGGAGAAAGGCAAAGGGGACAAGUCCAAGAAGAAGUUUUGGAAGAAGAACAAGAAGAACGCCAAAGCUGGACCCGAAAACGACGGAACAGGGUGGAGCAACGGAAAGAUCGUCAACUUGAUGAGUGUCGACACAUACCGUAUCGAUCAGGCAUCGGGCUUGUUCCACAUGAUCUGGACAGCUCCCAUCAUCUGUAUCAUCACGCUUGUUCUUCUGCUGAUCAACUUGACGUACAGCGCACUUGCUGGUUUCGCGCUGCUGGUAAUCGGUCUGCCUGCCCUGACGAGAGCGAUCCGAAGUCUCUUCCGUCGCCGAACGCACAUCAACAAGAUCACAGAUCAGCGUGUGGGCCUGACACAGGAGAUCCUCUCGUCCGUACGCUUUGUCAAGUACUUUGGUUGGGAAAGUGCUUUCUUGGAGAGACUGAAGGAUAUUCGUCGGCGGGAGAUUCACGCCAUCCAGAUCCUGCUGGCCAUUCGAAAUGCGAUCAACGCUGUCAGCAUGUCGUUGCCCAUCUACGCCUCUAUGCUCUCGUUCAUCACCUAUUCCCUGUCAAAUCAUAACCUGGCACCCGCCGAGGUUUUCUCUUCGCUUGCCUUGUUCAACGGCUUGCGUAUGCCGCUCAACCUGCUCCCACUAAUCAUUGGCCAAGUCGUCGACGCGUGGGAAUCGCUCAGACGUUGUCAGGAGUUCCUUCUUUCUGAGGAGCAGGAGGACGAAGCCGUGUUCAAGCCAGACCACAAAGCCGCCGUCGAGGUUACCAAUGCCAACUUUACCUGGGAACGAACACCAACGCAAGACCCAGAGAAGUCAGUGGCCGGCAAGGAGGCGCAAAAGAAGAGCGCCGCGAAACCUGACAAUGCAGGCUCCGAUGAUACGGCUAGUACUCUGGUAGAAGAACGUGAGCCGUUCAAGCUCCAGGACCUCAACUUUGAGAUCGGCCGCAACGAGCUUGUUGCAGUUAUCGGUUCCGUGGGAAGCGGUAAGAGCUCCUUGCUCGCUGCACUUGCUGGAGAUAUGCGGAGGACAUCCGGAGACGUCGUCCUUGGUGCGUCAAGAGCCUUCUGUCCCCAGUACGCCUGGAUCCAGAAUGCCACCCUCAAGGAGAACAUCAUCUUUGGGAAGGACAUGGACCGCGAUUGGUACCAGGAAGUCAUCACUGCCUGUGCUCUACAACCCGACCUGGAUAUGCUGCCCAACGGCGAUUCGACGGAGAUCGGUGAAAGGGGUAUUACCAUCUCAGGUGGCCAGAAGCAACGACUCAACAUUGCCCGGGCCAUCUACUUCGACUCUGAUAUUGUGAUCAUGGACGAUCCCCUCAGUGCCGUCGAUGCCCACGUCGGACGGCACAUAUUCGACAAUGCCAUCAUGGGUCUCCUGAAGGACAAAUGCCGUAUCUUGGCAACGCACCAGCUUUGGGUGCUCAACCGCUGUGACCGGAUCAUCUGGAUGGAGGGCGGCAAGAUCCAGGCAGUCGACACUUUCGACAACCUGAUGGCCAACCACUCCGGGUUCGUACACCUUAUGGAGACGACGGCAGUCGAGGAGAAGAAGGAGGACGACGGAGAGGAGAAGGUGACCGAAGACAAGACGGCCGAAAUCAAGAAAGACAAGAAGAAGAAAAAGAAGGGCCCAGGACUGAUGCAAGCCGAAGAGCGUGCUGUCGCCAGCGUGCCCUGGUCUGUAUAUGGUGCCUAUGUGAAAGCAUCGGGUACCAUCUUCAGUGCUCCUCUCAUCUUCUUGGCGCUUGUUCUGUCUCAGGGAGCCAAUAUCUCAACCAGUCUUUGGCUUUCAUGGUGGACAUCUGACCAGUUCGGAUUUUCGACAGGCGUGUAUAUUGGUGUAUACGCCGGUCUGGGUACCGUCCAGGCUCUCCUGAUGUUCGCCUUCUCACUGAUGUUGACAAUGUUCGGCACUAAUUCCAGCAAGACGCUGCUCCGAAAAGCGGUCACUCGAACUCUGAGAGCUCCCAUGUCCUUCUUUGAUACAACUCCCUUGGGACGCAUCACGAACCGUUUCUCCAGGGAUGUCGAUGUCAUGGACAACAACCUGACUGAUGCCAUGAGGAUGUACUUCUUGACCAUGGCCAUGAUCAUCUCCGUCUUCGCCCUCAUCAUCGCAUUCUUCCACUACUUCGUCAUCGCACUGGUGCCGCUGACCAUCAUAUUCAUCCUUGCUGCUUCGUAUUACCGAUCAUCUGCGCGAGAGGUCAAGCGUUUCGAGUCUGUCCUACGCUCCGUCGUCUUUGCCAAGUUCGGCGAGGGUCUUAGCGGUGUGGCUACAAUCCGCGCCUAUGGUCUCAAGCAGCGCUUCACGACAGACCUGCGCAAGGCGAUCGACGAGAUGAAUGCGGCCUACUACCUAACCUUUUCCAACCAAAGGUGGCUGUCCAUACGUCUGGAUCUCAUCGGAAACCUGCUGGUGUUCACCACGGGAGUCUUGGUUGUUACAUCCCGGUUUUCAGUUUCGCCCUCGAUUGGUGGUCUCGUGCUUUCGUACAUCCUCGGUAUCGUGCAGAUGCUACAGUUUACGGUGCGGCAGCUUGCCGAGGUGGAGAACGGCAUGAACGCCGUGGAACGCCUCCUGUACUACGGAACUCAGCUCGAAGAGGAAGCACCGGAACACACGAUUGACGUCCGCCCAUCGUGGCCCGAGAAGGGCGAAAUCAUCUUUGACAAUGUCGAGAUGCGUUACCGUGCUAAUCUGCCGCUGGUACUCAAGGGUAUGACCAUGCACGUCAGGGGUGGUGAACGCAUUGGCAUCGUGGGCCGCACGGGCGCUGGCAAGAGCUCCAUCAUGUCGACACUUUUCCGACUCGUUGAGCUCUCAGGCGGCCAUAUCACGAUCGACGGCCUCGACAUCUCGACCAUCGGUCUUCACGACCUCCGCUCCCGCCUCGCCAUCAUCCCACAGGACCCGACCCUCUUCCGCGGCACCGUGCGCUCCAACCUGGACCCCUUCGGCGAGCACGGGGACCUCGAGCUGUGGUCGGCGCUGCGGCAGGCGGACCUGGUGGCGCACGACGCGUCCAUCGACGACAAGGACCCGAACCGCAUGCACCUGGACACGGUGGUGGAGGAGGACGGGCUCAACUUCUCGCUGGGCCAGCGGCAGCUGAUGGCGCUGGCGCGGGCGCUGGUGCGCGGGUCGCAGAUCAUCGUGUGCGACGAGGCGACGUCGUCGGUCGACAUGGAGACGGACGACAAGAUCCAGGCGACCAUCGCCACGGGCUUCCGCGGCAAGACGCUGCUGUGCAUCGCCCACCGCCUGCGCACCAUCAUCGGCUACGACCGCAUCUGCGUCAUGGACGCCGGCCGCAUCGCCGAGCUCGACAGCCCCCUCAACCUCUGGCGCCGCGGCGGCAUCUUCCGCAGCAUGUGCGACCGCAGCGGCAUCCGCGUCGAGGACAUCGCGGGCGCCGCCCGGGAGCUGGGCUCCGAAGUCAGCGGCAGCGGCAGCGGCAGUGGCAGCAGUGAGGAAGACGAGAAGGCCGGACCUAGUGGGCAGGUGCAGGAGAAGCCGUGA